AUGUAAGGACACAGGCCAUGUACCAAAUGAUGGACCAGGGCUUUGUUGGGCUGAUAUUCUCCUGCUUCAUUGAGGAUAAGAACACAAAAGUAGGGUUUAAGUGAUAGCAUUUAAAAUAUAAAGUUAUUUUGAUAUACAAAGGGGCAUUGAAUUAAUUAAAUGAUAUUUCUCUUAGACCGGUCGAGUUCUCUACACCUGCUUCCAGUCUGUGCAAGCCCAGAAAGGCUCUGAGUAAGUGUGCCCCUGUUUGGUAACCACUGUUUGCAGUAAAAUUAAUAUCCUAUCCAGAUCUCAGUUAAAACAAAUAGGUGUUAUCUCCCUCAUGACUACUAAUUAGAGGAAGAUUCAAUUGAUUCAGUCCUUUUCAAAGCAGUUGUCCACAAAAAUAAGCAUUUAAUAAUAUCGGCACAAAUACUGAAUUGCGUCCCUGAUCUGUGUUGAUAAAGGUACGAGAGAAUCGAAUCCCAAUUCAUGUGGUUCCGCACGAGGCCAUUGGGAAAGUGUGCCUUGAAUCAGCAGUGGAGCUCCCAAGAAUCUCUGCCAGGAGAGCAGGAUACCUACAGAAAGAUUCAUAGGUAUGUAGCCUCGGAAGCCCAGGGGGCGUUGAUUUUGGUUCAACGUUUGCUUCGUUGCGUGACUGUUUGUACUGAAUGAUAUGUUUCACCAAAACGUUACCUGGAACCCCAAUGUUGAAUUACAUUGAAUUCUAUGUAGGGCAGAAAUGAGCGUUUGAAUCAGGAAAGUUUCUUCUCACGACCUCUACAAGCCAGAAUGUUAAAUACAAUUAUAUUUAAUGUACUUAACCAAGUCCGUGCAGUUGGUCAUUUUGGCGUUAGGAAUGUGAGACAAUAUAUCCACAGGAAAGUAUAAUUACAUCAACUUUUCAACGCGCUGGUAGUGCAUUCAGAUUCUAUCACCUGAAGCAUGUGCCACAAAAAGAAAUACAUGCACGAGACACAUCCAUAUUUGCCGAGCUCGUGCACAUUUUACAUGGUUCUUGUGCGCAUGCUUCAGGUGAUAGAAAUCUGAACGCACUACCAGCGCUUUGAAAGUUGAUAUCAUUAUACUUUACUGUGGAUAUGUCUCACAUUCCUACCGCCAAAAGGACCAACCGCACGGACAACCGUAAAAGUACAUUAAAAUAUAAUUGUAUUCAACAUUCUGGCUAGUAGAGGUUGUGAGAGGAAAUGUACUCAUUCAAACGCAAAUUUCUGACUGACGUAGAAUUCAAUGCAAUUCAUCGUCAGGUUUCAGGAAACCCAAAACGGUGCACACCAUUCUUCAACAGCCUUUAAGGUACAUUGGUGGUUGUGGUGAGCUGUGGCCUGAUAAAUAUGGGUGUGACCAUUUUCAAAUGGCAAAACUCCUGCAGCACACCAUACACAAUUGCCCUCUGGGCCACCAUAAUCAUGUCAUUCAUCAACUGAUUGUUUAGUACAGUUCCAUUCAAUUAUUUAACGUUCAACACUGUUCUGUCGUACUGAACGCACCCCAGGCUUCUAAAGUUUUGUUCGAAAGCCUGGGGAAGUUCUCCUCAGGAAGAUGAUAAAAGGGGUGGAGUCUAGAUGGAAACUAGUGAUGCAUUGAAGGUAUUUGAUUAAACUGGCCUGGGUUGCACCGGGCUAUGGCCCGUCACAUGACCGGGCGAAGCCAGUGAGGGAGGCGCUCCCUGGUACCUCUUUUUGGAAUGUGUUGAGCCCCCCUGCAACUGCCUCUGCCACACUGAACAACACAUUUCCCCUUUGUCUACCAUAAUAUACAAAUUGUCAUGCUGCAAAUGCAGGACUCAGGGCAGCUCAUUGUGUAUUGCUCAUUGUUAAUGGAGUAAUUUUAAGUAUUUCAUUCCUUUGCAGCUUAACUCACCUGGAUCCGAUCACGAGAUACACAAUGGCUCAGGUUGGUGUCAUGUAUUUGUUGACAACUGAUAUUUGAUUGUAUCAGCUGCACAUUUUAAUAUCACAGACAGUGCAGCUGUCUUGACUGUGCUUUCUCCUCCUGACGUGUGUGUGUGUGUGUUUGUGUGUGUGUGUGUGUACGUUCAGUGUUCAUAAGAACCUGUGCAGUCAGAUGUCUGCUGUGAGUGGUCCCCUGCUGCAGUGGCUGGAGGACCGUUUGGAGCAGAACAGACAGAGCGUCAUUGAGCUGCAGCUGGAGAAGGAGAGACUAACUCAGGAGCUGGCAACC